CGCUGCUGGGUAAACGUAUGGGCAGUUUGUAAAAGUCGCCGCGCGUUCGCUGCUCUGCGCUCUGCUCUCGCGAAUUUCUGCGCGCGGCUUCGAUAGCGACGUAGUGGGGGAGCAUUGCCGCGUAUAUUAUAAUAUGCCUACUGUAUAGCGUAUCGUCGUGUGCGCGAAACGGAGUCAACGCACACAAACGUUGCACACGCACAAGUGCAUGUAUGUGUGUGGUAUGUAUGUAUGUAUGUGUGUUCGCGGCGAUCGCGCCAAAGAGUAAUUGCGAAGCUCUGCUCUGCCGCCGCGGUGAGCGACGAGAGACCGGAGAAGACGACGACGACCAAGAAGAAGUCUCGAAGCCCUCCUCUGAGAUCGCUUGCAGCGUGGUGUAUGGCGUGUGUCUGCUGCUACUAUACUAUUAUAACUAGAGACAUUGUGCCAAGUGCGAGUAUAAACACACACACGCGCGCAGAUUUGUGUCUGUCUGGCUGUCUCUUAUACUAUCGGCUCUGCUGCUGCGGGACUUUUUGUGUACAUACACACUCGCCGCGCGGAAUCUAUGUAUAUACUCUCGGCCCGCGUGCAUUUUGUAAAUAGAAGGAAACAACAGGAGCAACGACAUAUUUCUCGUGCUCGGACUGCCUGUUUGUAGUUUAUUAACGUAUUCGGUGUGUGGAAAUGUGCGUCUCUCUGUCGGUGAGUCUUUCUCUUCUCUCGUGUGCAACUCCGAAUUUUUGAUACUCCUCGCGUUUGUCUCAUGUAACAAUCGAUCCGCGCGUGUGUGCCAAUGUCCUUAUUGUACACGGAGUUGCUCGUCGUACAGUGACAACGAUCUCCGAUGUUGUUGUUGCUGUUGUCGUCCAGUGUCUGUGCCGUCAUCGACUCGCCGCCGAUACAUCAUCAACAUCGUUUUACGUCGCGGCGUCGAUGAUCAUUCAAGCGCGAAGAUGCUCCCGUAAUUAAGCUUAUACAUCGUGAAGUGUCUUUCCAUUAAGUAAGCGUGUUUGUAUACACACACGGCGUUUCGCAGUCGCUCUCGUUGCGAUUGUACGCGUGCACACGGACGUUCACACACACGCACGCACACCAACGAACGCAUACACAUCACCGAUACACCGCUCUCUGCUGCUGCUCCGCUGCUGCUCUCUCCUUCUCUUUCUCUCUCGCUUGCACCCGCGCGCGAGAUACAUGUGUGUGCAUUAUACAUACGUAGGUGUAUCGGCGUUAUAUAGAGCUGCUGCAUCGUGUGCUAUAUUGUGUAUACACUAACAGUACAGUGCAGUUAGUAUAUAUAUAGUGCGCGCAUCAUCGUCAUCGUCAUCAUCGACUGGAACAAGUAGCGCAGCACACAAACACACGUAUAUAGAGACAGCGAGAGAGAGGACUGCUGUUACUUCGAUACCGCUGUCAGGACAUCGUUGUUUUGUACUCUUGUGUUGCUCGUUAAAUAAUAAACGCGUCGACGAUCAACAUACUCAUCAUCGUCAUCGAAGCCAUCGAGAGUUCGUCUACGUCGUCGUCGGCACAAGGAAUUCACUCGGCGUUUCUGAACAAUUGAAAAUAACGUCGUCGUGGUGCCGUCGUCGCGUCGGCGUCGCGCGAGACUUGUAGCAUGGAACUCGUGGUCGACUGGCGCAACAGCUUCGUCGAUGCCAGGUCGCGCCAGGAUGCUGGGUCUAUCGUCAGAUGCCUGCGCGACGCGCCCGAUUGCUUCGCUCGCGUACAGCCCGGCCAGUACGAAGAUGCAUUGGAAGUACUAUUUCAAAAAAAAGAUGGACUCUUUCAAUUCGCAAGAAGUGUAACAGCUCAGGAAGAACCACAAAGGGUGUCACUUGAUGAUGCAGUGAAAGAAUUAUUUAAUGUCAUAAAAACUGUUAUGGAGCUUUAUAGGGAAGAUUAUGAACCGUUUGUGAUGGAAACAAGGGAUGUUUGUUUUCAAUGUAUAAUAAGUUCUGAAUCAUUUGCUGUUAAAAGAGUAGCUAGUGAAUCGUUAAAAAAGUUAAUAAAAUUAUUUAGACAUAAAGAAAUGAAAUUAUAUGAAAUUGUUUUAUUUGAAAAUAGAGUCGAUGUAUUAUAUAUUGUCCUUGGUGCAAUAGCGAGAUAUUGUCCAGAAACCAAUCAUAUAUCAUCGAUAGCUGACGAAAUAUUUUUAUACUUGAUCAAUGAUUUGGAGCAUCAGUUCAAUCAAGCUGUGAAUCAUCGACUCAUAGAACGAAUAGAAAUCAAUUUAGAAUGUAUUUUAGAUAUGCUGAUGAAUUUUUUACCUUUCCGAGAAAAUCCUGAAUCGGAUUAUUUUCAAAAAUUAUAUAACUAUUUUUUAACAAUAUGUGAGGACGAAAAUCCAGAGGAACUCACUUUCAGAGCUCUUAAAAUAAUGAGCACUCACAUGCAGCAUUUUUCAUCGUUUGUUUACAGAGAUAAUAGUAAAUGGCACGAUUUACUUAAUGUUUUAUUAGACAAGAGUGAUAAUAGUAUCAUUGUAGAUGCACUGAAAGCUCUUUAUGAAAUAGUACCAUUACAUCUUGUUGAAGAGACUAGUGAAGAGAUAUUCUUAUAUUUUAAAAAUUAUUUUAUGACAAAUAUUUAUAACAGACAAUUAUCUACAAGAAAAUUAUUAGUAAUUAUUUAUGGUUCGGGUCAAUUUGCUAUUGCUCUAGCUAAAUACUCUCAAGAAGAAUUGUUACAAUUGUUCAGUACUCUGGCAUAUCAAGCUUCAAAAUUUCAAAUAAUAAAAGAUUGUGAAAAUGAGGAUAUUGAAACAGUACCUCAAUAUUUGUACUCAAUCGCGGAAAUUUUGCACCACAUGCCAACUGUAACAUUGCAUCAUUUAAGUAUGAUCGUAGACCUUAGUAUACUCAUUUUUAAGAUAUUCCCAGAACUAAGCAAAAGAGGUCAAGACAGUGCAAUAGAAUUUUUAAAACUCACUUUUAUAAGAAUAAAGCAAUUGGAAAGCAAUCUCCAACAGCGCUACUUCCAUUUUGUAUUAUAUGAAGCAAUAUUAUAUACUUGUGGGCAUCCUCUGUGGGUCGAUGUCGAAUUACUUAAGGAAACUAGAAAACGACCUGUUGAUUGUUAUUCUUAUAAAGAUUUUCUUAAACUAUGGCAAGCAAUGCUUAAUGUAGAUAAUUGUCGAGAAGAAUUUGGUCAGCAUAUCUUCCGUGAUCUGACCAUGGUAAUACUAUCAUUUGCGGAGAAUUUGAAUCUUGGUUUUCAACCUGCGCCUAAUAGAAGUUAUCCAGACUCUUGCAUGAUCUUUAAAGCUGAAAAUGAAGCAGAUCUCCGUUAUUUUACUAAUAUUGUUGAUCUCUGUUGUGAUAUAUACUCCAGCAUUAAUAUUAAUGUUCUCAUGAGUCAAGCGAAGAAAUUAUUAUUAUAUUACAUCAAGUGUUCAUACAAAAAUUAUUUGGUAUCUGGUUUUUAUAAGCUAAUCAAAGUCAUAUUUCAACGAAUCAAUGACGCCAAUAUAGACUGCCUCACGUACUUCGAUGAACACACUUGUUGUCUCAUACCAGAGUACUUAGCGGAUGUGUUGAAAUUUAGUAAUGAAAACUUCGAUGAUUUUCGGAGCGCUUGUAUCUAUCUUAUUUUCAAUACACCAUUGUGUUUUGUUCCUAAAAUUUUAGAACCAUCUCUGCCAUUGUUCACUAUGGCUUUUAACAUGGGCUUGUACGAUCUGCCAUUGGCGUUCUCUGCCCUGGAAGCAUUAGAGUAUUGGUGCAGCUCGAUAAACGAUCCAGUAUUGGAAAAAUAUCGCAACAGUGCAAUAGGCCUUUUGGAGCCAUUUUUAUACAACAACAAACACUGGUUCGAAUUGAACGCCAAUCAACAACUGGAGUGCUUAGCCGAUAAGAAAAAGUGGCGCAACAGCGUCGUGCACUGCAACGACGUCACGCUGGAGGCAUUCCAGAAUCGAAUACUGCUGUUUUUCUGCACCAUCGAUCAGCAGACGAUGUCGGACUUCCUUCACGAGCGCGACUCGCGCGUACAAGUACAUUGGGCGAAGAAAGAGCAGCUGAGGUUCGAGUUGCUGUUCCCGGACGUGCACUUGGAGUUCGGAUAUGAUCGCUUCAUCCCUCGCAUACUCGAGCUGACUCGUCACAGCGAGCGACGCAUCAAGUUCUCGGCCUGCGAGAUGUUCCACACGAUGCUGACCAUCAUUCUGGGCAAGCGGCUGUUCGACCAGUGCCUGCGCAAGGACCUCCUCACCGAGCUCAUCAAGCUGGCCAGCGAUCCGGACGACGCGGUGCGCAAUCUCUUUCAUCCGCUCGUCCUGCAGCUGACCCACUAUCUCAGCAUGAGGCUCAUGAUCGAGACUCACCGGGCGCCCCUCGAGUUCUUGGACGUGCUCUUCGAGGGCCUGGCCGAUGAGUACAAUCCGAAUCUGCGGGACUACUGCGGUAUCUGCCUUAAGGAGUUCGUCCAGUGGACGAUCAAGCAGUCGAACGACGCCGACACGUCUAAGCAUGCUAAUUUCACGAUUUUCAUCAAGCGUAUCAUCGAGUACGCUACUUAUCCGUCCAAAAACAAACGCAUAGCCGCAGCGACGGCCUUCAAUUAUCUGUACGCCUCGUUCAGCGGCAGCAUAAGCGUGAUCAACAUUUAUUGGCUGCAAUUUCUCUGGGCGUUCGUGUCUUGCCUCGAGCAGUGCGGCGACAUACGGAUUAGAAGCGUGAUCAACAACAUCGAGGGCGUGGUGAAGGUCACCGCCAAUCCGUUGAACGCCAAAUGCAAGCCGCGCGUCAAGCCACCGGGCUUCCAGACGGAGAAUCUCAGGAGCGCCGUCAUCUGGCUGCUGGGCAAGUGCGGCUCGCUCAGCGUGCACUGCCGCAUGCGCUGCAACGAUCUGGUCGAGUCGCUGAGUCCCUGCCUUCCCGGCUUCAAAAGCUGCAAGGAAUUUUUGACCAGCUACGGCGUCGACGGCCUCAACGAUAUCGCCCUGAAGCACCUCACCGAGGACGACGAUAAAUUGACGAUCCUCAAAGUCAAAGCCUUUUUGCGAGCCUUGGACUUUUACGUCUGGGUUUUCAGUAAGAAACUCAUGACGCCCGAGGAUCUGCUCGAGGUGAAGGACGAGCAAUGCGGUGGCUACAAGUUUUUCCAGUUCUUCAACAAGUUCACGGCGACCAUCGUCGAGAAGAACAUACCAGAGACAGCCAGAAUGUCGUACACGGAUCCGAAGGACGUCGAGAAGCUGUGCGAUUUGAUUAAUGAAGCGAUCAUCAAAUUUUUCAAGUUCUCUUCCAUACUCUUAGUUAAUCGUACCGACGACCACAAGGUCCUGGACUACCUCUGGACCGACAACUACUUCACAUUGAUUUAUCGCUUCGCCCUGAGCCCGAGAAGAUUGGGCCUUUCGGCCAAGACCAUACACACGUGCGAUCCUCCUCUCUUGGAAUCCCUGUUCAAUAUCAUGAUGAAGGCUUUGCCCGAGCCUUUUAUGACGAAGCUGUUCGACCAUCGCUUCCUCGAUAAUCAAGACGAGUGCAUAACCUUCGCCAUGAUCGAAGACCACUGCAAAAUGGUCGGGACGGAAUUGAGCAAAUCCAAGGAGGAGAUACUCCUGCUCAAAGAUUUUGUUCGGGGUAUGAUCAUAUUGAGAACUUGCGAUCUUCUCGAUUUCGGUAACGGGAACGAAUUCACCAUACCGUAUUUGAUGCAUAGAAUCACUGUGUUUUACGAAACUUCCAAAAUAUUUUUAACUAACGACGUCGAGAACGAAGUUGAUGAAAGUUACAUGAUAGAGUACAUGAGAGACGUCUUGAGACUAUUCCUUCUGAAAUUUCAGGCAGAACUUAUCGAGACGAUUUUCACUCUGGUAUUUGAGGCGGAACCCAUAGCAAACGGCUCUUCCACUAGUCAUCCAGAACGAUUCCUCAAAGCGUUUCGUGGUCCGAUCUUUCAGUGUAUGCUUCGCAAUCCCAACGAAUCGAUCAGAAUCAUUUUGAAGCUGCGCGAGGACACGCCGGACGUUGUACUGAAUUUGAUCGCCGAUCUCCUGUGCUUCGCUCGGUACUAUUCGACAAACGAAUUGGGAGAGAAUCUUGCUAACGCUAUAAUUAACAACUGCGACAAUUUGUUUGCGUUGGCCAAUUAUUCCGAUAGCCGUAAGCAGCGAUUAUUCGACAUCAAUCGCAUGGCGAUCGAGUUGAAGUCCAAGCCAUCCGACGUGCUGUUUACGGGUGCUGCGCCUAGUCCCUUCUACUUCUGGGUCAUUGAUCGUUUUCGAGAGACAAGAGAUCUCGAAAGAACUAUGAUAAUAAUAGAUAACUUUUUCUCCUGCCUUAUCGAUUCAUCGGAUGUGCCGAACGGAGACAUAAAUUUGGUAUUCAGCAACUUGAAAGGCCCAAAUCCAGAGGCUUGGAGAGAGAGACUGGAAACUGAUCCACUGGAGAGAAACAAGGCACUGAAAUGUCUACAGAUACUAUUCAGAAAAUUCUUUAUGACGCGUUCCAUAAUCGUUUUGGAAGGAACAAUCAGAUAUGUUCUAGGUGCUUGUUCAUUGCUUUUGAACAAAAAGACGAUAGGCGAGCGACUGAGUCCAUUCUACACUUGUUUUUCCGAAAGCGCGUACACAACUCUAGAGGUCAUGUUCAAAGCCUUCAAAGAUCGCAAUUUGCGACCCGAGGAGCGAGUCGAGGUGCUGGAUUACUUUCUAUUACCUGCGCUAGAGACCUGCAUGUCUAUGAAGACCGCGAACUUUUUUCGCAACUUUGGCCAGGAGAUCGCAGGUUUACUGAGCGAAUCCAUGAGUGACACAGAGAGACUUGACAGAAAACACACAAUCGUCAGUAGAAUCGGCGGUUUUAAACUGUUCGGUCUUUUGUACGGUAGAAUUCAGUUUGGAUGCUCAGGGAGAUACGGCUUCGAUUACGGACAAGUACUUCACGAGUUCGUCCUCAAAAGGUGCAUCGAUAUACGUAGCUUCAGUCCGCAGUACCCCGAGGAGAAGGAACUCGUGAGGCAGGUCCACUGUGCCGCACUAAACUGUAGCAUCGCUUUUUCCAACUACCAGAACUAUGGAAAGCCUUAUUACGACGUUAUGUUCAAUGAGAGCCGUGCCAAGGAGCAAAUAAUCUGGGAGAAGAUUGUCGACCAUGACAAGGUCUACGACAUGCGCAAAGAGCCCACGAAAUGCGUGAAGAAGUACGUCAACAUCUUCGAAAAAGUCGACACUCGUCCCGCGGCCGUGGAGACGGCCUUCGCGGCCUUCUAUCGACGCAUCGACCCGUCGACGCAGGGCUACUAUGCCGUGCAGGAGGACGAGGAGCGCCGUAAGUCCAUCGAGCUCGAGGAUGACGAGCUGAACAAUCACGAGUGCACGGCUUCGAUCAGCGCCGCCAUCAUGCACUACUUUAACAUGUUUCUGGGCAGACUUCCGCCUACAGGUGAGAGCCUGAACGAGAGCGACCUACCGGUUUGGAUGAUACACCUGCGCGAGGGCUUCCACACCGGACGCGACAACGUUACACUUUUGCUGCUGCGAGUAAUUAGCAAUGUGAAAAAGGCAUUCGUUCCGUUUAUUCGCAACAUGUUCGAGUCGAUAGUCUUCGCUCUGCUUAUGUUUUUGAAGACCAACCCGUUGAAUUAUCUUGUACGCGACGUACUGACCAUUUUGUCUGACAUGGAGUACGAGCUGCGCUUGGAGGCGGAAAAGGACAUGGCACAAGAAUUGGUCGAGUGCCUCAUUGAGAAGCUCAAGGAUCCCAAUCCAGACAUCUUCUCAUUGAAUGUAGCUACAAUUGAGGGUUUGAUUAACGCCUGGAGCUCCGAUUUAAAAUUACCGAAAAACUUGCUCACUGUCAUUGAUACGGAACCCGACCUGGCCAUUCGAGUUGUAUUACUUCUUUUUAGACACAAUAUAGACCAGCGAAUGAUGGCAAUCAAGGAGAUGCAUGCCAUGGUGAGAAAAUCCAUGUUUCGCUGGCAAGAACCCAUUGCGCCUUAUACCUUUGAGAUUCUUGGCUGGAUACUGAAGUUGAUAGGUGACCAACAGAGAACUGCUUUGAUCAGGAAUGACUUGAUCGAUUUGUUUGAAAAAAUUCAAAGACACGAUCCUAAUAUGUGCGCUCGGUACUUGUACGUCGUUUAUUUGGCCUAUCCCGCACUGGCCAAACAACCGGCGAUGCAUCAAUUCCUCAAUCCGAUGCUGUGCAGCGUCGACGAGCGCAAGCGUGAGUGCCUGGAAGUUGUUGGCGAGGCCAUUGGCUCCAUGAAUGCAGACGAAAUCUUGGGUCUUCUCGCUAUGUCGAACGUCAAAAACUUACUAAGAGACAAAGUUUUGGCAUGCAUCGACAGCGGUUUCAGAAUUGUGGAAAAAUUGAUCAACGUCUUGAGUGCCCAGCAGUUAUUGGAAUACGCUGCCAUCAUCGAGAUGUACACCAAUAAAACUGCCCUGCUGGAGCACAAGAAUGGAGCUUAUGUCAUAUUCAUGAAUAUUUACGAAAAGUUUUUGAGCAAUUCACAGGUGCCGAACUGUGACAGAGCUACCUUAGACCUGGUAUCCACUUGCAAGAGGGUUUUAAUUAACGGAGUCAGUGAUCCUAGCGAUGAGAUACAGGAGGAAGUUAUGGCGUUUUGGCGAGAACGAGCAUUCCUCUCGACCUCGCUGACUAACCGCAUACGUCAACUUAUAUGUCUCUAUUCGGUAGACGUGUCGAGUAGUUUCGCUCAAUUUGUCUGCCUUCUCAUGCUAGAUCUUACGUCCCGCUCGACCGGCAAUCAGAAAGUCUUGUUUACUCUGUUGGCCCAGUCGGCCUUCUUGGAAGAGUAUGAGCUCGUGAUCGCGACGGCGCGCAAAAGACGACCGCCGCUAUUUGGCUCCUCGCUGACGGCCAUAGCGUCACGAGCCAUAGCCCUGCAAGGUAGCAAAGUGAGAAAAGGAAAGCUCGAUCUAAGAACCUUUGAACAGGACGGAGCAGCUGUCAUUAACGUUGAUCUAUACGAAAGACUGACUAGGCCAAAUGCGGGCACCUUAGUCAAAAUAAUUCCAGAACCAUCAGAGAAUAAGUUGUCAAAACGUUAUUCAAUUAAUAAUGGAGAAAAAUACGCUGCAUCGCACAGCAAAGAGGAAUAUUAUCAGAAACUUUUUGCUGAAUCGCAGGCACAACGUGAAACGGUCAAAGUGAACAGACGUUACAGAUUGAUGGGCUAUCCGGACGUUGAAAUUACGCAGUCCGCUGUUGUCGCUUGCUUAGAAGAUAUUGUGCUUAAAGAUCGGCAAUUUGCAUCUGACUUCAUGAUUACACUGCUUGUUGCUACGAUAAAAUGCGAUGACGCUGGAUUGAUUGAGUUAGUCGAAGAAAUGUGCACUAAAGCUCUCUCAGUAAAAAAUGACUUUGCUCCGACCGUGAUGAAAAUAAUUUAUGAGGUACCUGAUAUCAGAUUCACUGUGGCUGAUUUAACCAGAACUGCAAUUGCCACGGGAACAGAACGAUUAGCAAUAAUGUUGUUAGAACGUACAGUUUUGGGAACAAAAGAUCAGCCGUAUAGCAGACCAAAAAUUAAUGAAAACAAUCAGGUGUACGACCGCUAUCACAUGUGCAGCUUAUAUCGAUCGAUUGGGGAUAACGACAUGCCUUUAAACUUGGCGCGUAAUUGGUCAAAUGUGAUGGUUGAUACUGAAAAUUGGUUGAAUGGUUGCAUAGCAGAGUCACGACAAAAUUGGAUGGAAGCAAAGGUAGCGUACGAAGCAGCGUUGUCGCGCGAAAGAGAACCAGCUGCAGACUAUUGUCGAGAAGGCUUAUUCAAAUGCCUCAAUGAACUUUCAUCGUGGAGAGAAAUCAAUGAUAAAGUAAAAUCGACUUUGAAUAACAAUUAUGAUACGGUCUGGGCCAGUCGUAGGCGCGACGAGCUUUUACCUUGGAUGAUCAAAAGUCAACUCCAAAUAAUUUUGGAAAACAUUGGAAUUGGUCAUGAGCCUGAUAAAUCUUUCAUCGGUCUUAUCGAUAAGUGGAUGUCAUCUCACUCAAGUACUCUUUUAAAAUCAUUUGGAGAAGAAAUAGCUGCAUUUGAAAUUUGUAACUCGAAUAACGCUGUACGGCAUUAUCUACGUACGGCAUUGAAUGACGCAAGAGGUUCAUGGGUUCAUUCUGGAUCAGAGAUGAUUUUGGACAAAAUCAGAAACAUAAAAGAUACCGAUGCAUAUUUAAGAGCGGUAAGGGAGGACGAUGUAAGAGAAUCGUCCAAAGAGUUGAUUAAAUUUUGGAAUCAAAAUUUGCCGAGGUAUCAUGAAAAAUUAACUUGGUGGGUGUCACGUGUCAAUAGAAGAGUUGCUUACGCCACAUUCAUGAUUGAAAAAGUAAAAGAUCAAUUGGAAUAUUCUGAUGUUUUGGCCGAUAUAGUGACAUCAAUGUUAUAUCAACGUGUUCAAAUAAGUUUCAACAGCGUACAAAAUUCAAAUAAAUACAUUGGUCGGAAGCACAACUUUCAAAUCGAAAAAGCACUGUCUCACCUUGAUAUCGACGAUAAUCCGGGACUUCUAGAUAUUCAUCACAAUUUGAAUUUGGCUGUUUCUCUGCUGAAAGCUGUAUCUGCUCGUGGUGAAACAGUACCUAAAAACAAAUUUAUUUAUUACGCUGAGUCUUGGCGAUUGGCUAAUGAAAUUUUAUGCGACAAUAAUAUCAGUCCUAUGAUAAAAUUAAAAGCUAAGCAUCAUUCCUAUGAUGUUAUGUCGAAACUGCAUUCUCUCGCCUUGGAAGAAGAGGCUUAUGUUGAUUUUAUGGUGGGAAAUGAAUUUACCAAAGUUGCUUUGGAUGUCGAAGAUGCUGCCUCGGUAAGAGAUGCUUUACUGAGAAGUAGAGAAGAUAUGUUGAGAAAUUUGUGCAUCGAAGGUAGUAACGAAGAUUUGAUUUCUGGAUAUGAAAAAUAUAUCGAGUAUUGUUAUAAAUUAUUCAAGAGUAAGACUGAGCCAGAUUUAGAGAUUCAAAUCAAAUUUGUUAAAUUAGUGCUAAAAGGAAUGGAGCUCGGUAGUCAACGAGCUGUGAAAGUCUUUCCGUGUUUAUUGUUGGAGUCGUUUUACAAAAGGAAUCAAGAUUCUCUGAAGGAAGUCUUUAUGAAAGAAAGUCAAAGCAUACCUUGUUGGGUGUUCCUAUCCUGGAAGGAACAAAUAGUGACGCUCUUAAAAACCUCGUUACAAGGGAUGAUUUUACCAAUUUUCCUACGAUUGGCUACAGAGUAUCCUAGUGCUAUGGCCUACGAACUGCGUGCGUUGAUCAAAGUAAAUCCGGAAGUAUGUGAAAAUCUUGCGAUCAAUGAGAUCUGUUUGAAAAUACUCGAUGUUGAACUAAAAACGUUUUUGAGACUUAUUGAGAGCCUUUGCGAGCCAGAAAAAUAUUUAAUUCGUCAUUUGAAAGAAAUUUUGAAUUUAUCACAAACUGAUGAAAGAUUAGUGCAGGAGUUUAGUAACUUAUUCGACGAGAUGUUUACGAGUUCCGAAGCUGAUAACUUUCCGGCGUCAUACAGAAAAAUGUUCAACGAAUUUCGAUGUGAUUUGGAGAAACUCAAGUACAUACGAAAUAGGGCUGCUGCUACGGAACUAGUCAACCGCAUUUGCAGCAAUUUGCAUACGGCUACUUUAGGUCAUCCAACUAUACCAACGACUAAAGAAACUUUUGAAUUAAUUGGCGUAGAAAUUCCUGGACAAUAUGAACCAUACGUUAAGCCAGUAGAUAGUCAAUACCGAAUUAAAGUUGCCGGCAUCAGAGGUGCUUUAGUUAUAACGAAUAAAGUAUGUCGACAUGAAACCAGCAUAGUCACUCUCAAACUCUUGGGUACCAAUGGAAUGACUUACAGAUUCCGAGUUAAGUACGAACCCGAUAUAAGAGUUCCACAGCGUAUUCAACGAAUAUUCCGAUCCAUCAAUGAUAUCUUAAAAGAUGACAAAAUCUGUCGAAGCAAAAGACUUCGAUUACAAACUGAGAAUAUUAUUCCCCUGUCUAAAUCCGUAGGACUAGUGUCCGAAGUUAGCGGCUCUAGAAGUCUAUCGGAAUACGUGAAAUUUAGCACCAGUGAUGAAGUAAUCAAUAUCAUGGUCAACAUGUAUCAACAAUGGAUUGAAGCUGCCGGUGGUCCCAGAAAUGAAACACGAAAAGCAAGUUGGCAUUACAGGCAAGCGAUAAUGAGAUAUAAUAAGUCGGAAGUUACAGAAAAAAUGAAAGUAAUUUGCCGAAAAUUAGAUCCGUUUGCUUUAAGACAAACCUACAUAGAGAUAUCAAAUUCAUCGGAACAUUUUUUUAAGAUACGGCACAACUUUAUUCAAAGUUACGCGGUUACGUGCCUAGCUCAUUGGCUACUAGGUAUUGCUGAACGUAAUAUUAACAAUCUGUUGUUGAAUGAAAAAACCGGUGUGUGCACGAGCAUCGAGCAUUCGUUGGUAUUUGGCCAAGGAUUCGAAACACCAAUACCUGAAUUAUUAGCCUUCCGUUUGACACCGCAGAUUUAUUGCUUGAUGCGCCCAUACAGAGAUAAAGACAGUUUCAAAUUUAACAUGAUAGACUCGUUGAAGGCAUUGCUAAAAGAACAAGACAUAUUUUUAGCGAGUACCAAUGUAAUUAUGCACGAGGGACUCAACUGGAACGAAAAACUCAACAAUUACUGGGCUGCGGAUGGUGUGAUAAAAUAUUUGAAAUGGUCACCAAAGAAGAAAUGUGCAAUCUUGUUUAAGAAACUAAACGGUGCUAAACCUGGAAAUAUAAUUGUAGAAGAAGUAAUAAGCGUUCAGAAUCCAAACGAAGAUACAAAUCUUAUAGAAUUUUAUAAAAAUAUUAUAUGUGGAACUGAAACUCCCUCCUUAAAUGUAAGAUCUAAUGGGACAAACGAUUAUCUUAGUCCAGAGGAUCAGGUUCAAAGUUUACUGGACCAAUCAAGUGAUUUGAAUAUACUUGGACGAAUGUGGGUUGGCUGGUACCCGAUGGUGUAACACAUGAAAUUAAUUGUAUAAAAAUUAUUUUUACAACAAAAAAUUCUUUUUGGAAUUUAUUUUAUGAAAGUGAUGAAUGCUACAUUUCUCAGUCAAAGUAUAGUAGCAUUUCUCAUCAAAUUUAUCAAAAAAGUCAAUUGUAUGUAUACAUGUACAGUAUUUUAAAUAUAUUUUUAUAUUUUUAUUAAAA